GACCGCCCUCACCUGGCCGGCGGCGGGAGCCGGAGGGGCCCAAUGGGAGUGUCGCCCGGUCGCCCCGCCCCGUGCCGCCGGACGUAUGUGCCGGGUUAUGGUCGCCGCCGGUGCCGGCUCCUUGAGCUGAGCACCCGCCUCAGGGAACCAACCGCCGCCCUCAACCGUCCGCGCGGGUGGGCGGAGGCGCCUCCGACCCAGCGAGUUGCCGCGAAGGAGGAGGCGACAGCAGGAGGCCGGCACGUCCGCCGUAGCCGGGCACAUGGCGUCCAUCUUACUGAGGAGCUGCCGGGGCCCGCCUGUCCGCCUCCCGGCGCCCGGCGCCGCCGCCCGAAGGGGUGGUCUGGGGGAUCACGCUUGUCUCAGCUGUGCCAGCACCGUGGGGUUGACAGGCUGCGUGCACGUUCCUCUGGGCCGCGCUCCCGUGCACCCCAAGUACUUUUGCUUCGGAGGCGGCCCCCUGGGUCGCCGGACACCGAGGCUCCAGCACGUGGGCGCGGUGGCCCGAGUGCAGUGGGCACUGGGCCCGGAGGGUCUGCUGGGCCCCACGCCACGCUCGCUGCCCGCACGCUGCUGGCACUCGUCGCCCCCGCUGGGUGACGACUCGAUGGUGGAGAAGUCUCUCAAGUCCUUGAAGGACAAGAACAAGAAGCUGGAGGAGGGAGGCCCCGUGUACAGCCCCCCUUCCGAGGUGGCCGUGAAGAAGUCGCUGGGGCAGCGGGUCCUGGACGAGCUGCGGCACUACUACCACGGCUUCCGCCUGCUCUGGAUCGACACCAAGAUCGCCGCGCGCAUGCUCUGGCGCAUCCUCAACGGCCACACCCUGACUCGCCGCGAGCGCCGCCAGUUCCUCCGGAUCUGUGCUGACCUCUUCCGCCUGGUGCCCUUUCUUGUCUUCGUGGUGGUGCCCUUCAUGGAGUUCCUGCUGCCCAUCGCUGUGAAGCUCUUCCCCAACAUGCUGCCGUCCACCUUUGAGACCCAGUCCAGCAAGGAGGAGAGGCUCAAGAAGGAGCUGCGGGUCAAGCUGGAGCUGGCCAAGUUCCUUCAGGACACCAUUGAGGAGAUGGCCUUGAAGAACAAGGCAGCCAAGGGGAACGCCACCAAAGACUUCUCCGUGUUCUUCCAGAAGAUCCGAGAGACUGGGGAGAGGCCCAGCAACGAGGAGAUCCUGCGCUUCUCCAAGCUGUUCGAGGACGAGCUGACGCUGGACAACCUGACUCGGCCGCAGCUGGUCGCGCUGUGCAAGCUGCUGGAGCUGCAGUCCAUGGGCACCAACAGCUUCCUGCGCUUCCAGCUCACCAUGCGGCUGCGCUCCAUCAAGGCCGACGACAAGCUGAUUGCUGAGGAGGGUGUGGACAGCCUCAACGUCAAGGAGCUGCAGGCCGCAUGCCGGGCGCGGGGCAUGCGGGCCCUUGGCGUCACCGAGGACCGCCUGCGGGACCAGCUGAAGCAGUGGCUGGAGCUACACCUGCACCAGGAGAUCCCGACCUCGCUGCUCAUCCUGUCCCGGGCCAUGUACCUCCCAGACACCCUGUCGCCCGCUGACCAGCUCAAGUCCACGCUGCAGACGCUCCCAGAGAUAGUGGCGAAGGAGGCGCAGGUGAAGGUGGCCGAGGUGGAGGGGGAGCAGGUGGACAACAAGGCGAAGCUGGAGGCCACGCUGCAGGAGGAGGCGGCCAUCCGGCAGGAGCUCCAGGAGAAGGAGCGGCAGAGGCUCUCCGAGGCCCAGAAGGAAGCGGCGCCGAAAGCAGUGGAGGCUGCUGCCGGGAGUCCCGAGGCCGAGCUGCAGCCGGAAGUGCCAGACGAGGUUCUGCCGUCGGAGGCCAUGAAGGACGCCGCCCCCGUCCUGCAAGGCGUGCAGGGAGAGGAGAUCACCAAGGAGGAGAUCGACCUCCUCAGUGACGCCUGUUCGAAGCUGAAGGAGCAGAAGUUGUCCCUGACGAAGGAGAAGGAGGAGCUGGAGCUGCUGAAGGGCGACGUGCAGGACUACAGCGAGGACUUGCAAGAGAUUAAGAAGGAACUCUCGAAGACCGGCAAGGAGAUGGACGUGGAAGAGUCCAAAGCCAGCAAGCGGCUGACCAAGCGGGUGCAGCAGAUGAUCGGGCAGAUCGAUGGGCUUCUGGCGCAGCUGGAGGCCGACCAGCAGGCCGGCAAGCUGGGCGCAGCCACCCCGGGCUCCCUCGAAGGAGAGACGGUCAUCAGCGUCAGCGAGCUCAUCAGUGCCAUGAGGCAAAUCAAGCACAUUCCGGAAAGCAAGCUCAUCAGCCUGGCCUCAGCAUUGGACGAGAACAAGGACGGCAAGGUCAACAUCAACGACCUGGCCAAGGUGAUCGAGCUGGUGGACAAGGAAGACAUUCACGUCUCCACCAGCCAGGUGGCCGAGAUCGUGGCGGUGCUGGGGAAGGAGGAGAAGGUGGAGGAGAAGGAGAAGGCCAAGGAGAGGGCGGAGCGGGAGGCCGCCGAGGUGCAGGGGUAGCCGCCGCGGCGCAGCUGCUCGGAGGCGACCCUUGGGGACACAACCGAUGUUUUACCUGGAGCAAAUCAGGAACGUCCGUCAUCAAGUAACUUAAUUUUCGCCAUUCCACGGAGAGUCAGCCUGGAGUCCCCACGCCCCCCGGGGGCCACAUCCUGGCCGUGGCCGUCCCCGGAGGAGGGAGGACCGGCGCGUGGACUCCAGCCCACCCUUGGCCCAGGGCAGGAGGUCUGGUCCGAGGGCCCGGACGCCUGAGACGUGGUGUCCAGAGACCCGCCUGCUGAGGACACGCCCGGCCCGCGCGGCAGCCCCACAGGGUUGCGCUCCAGUGGUGGCGUCAUGUCUCGGUCGGGCUUCCCACUCUGUGUCAGCCCCUCCGCCACCGACCCGUAUUUCCACCUGACCCUGUACCGACUAACAAGCACAGAGCGCCCCCACGACAGCCUGCCUCGCUCACAGCCCCAGGUGUAACGUGGGGCCGAGGCACCAAUGAAGCCCUGAAAACGAAGCGUUUCCGUUCGAGUGAUUAUUGUGCUGUGGUGGCGUUUGGAACGUUUCCUACUUAGGCUGCUGGCACCUUGCUGCCCCCUUGGUCGCCUGGAGCAGAUGCCCCUGCGUCCGGUGUCCUGCGGGGCCUGGACCGUCCAGCCCUGUCACUCAGGGGCUGCGUGGCCCCGAGUUCCGCUGCCACGGCCCAGCUCCUUCCCCAGGGGCAGGCUAGUGGCCACUCCUGGCCCGUGGGGGGCACCCUGGGGCUUGCAGAAAGGCUCAGGGUGCAGCCCUGGUUCCCGGUGGCCUCAGCUCUGUCCGACCCGCCCCUCGGAGGCCGGAAUGUCCUUUCAGGGCAGGGGUGUCAGACUCGCGUUCACUGGGGGCCACAUCAGCCUCAUGGUUGCCUUCAAAGAGCUGAAACAAUGUUAGGACUGUAUAAAUGUACAGUUCAGCUCCUAAAGGAUUUGAAAUUACGCUCGGCUCUUUGAAGGCAACGGCGCGGCUGAUGUGGCCCCCAGUGAGGAGGAGUCCGGCACCCCAGUCGAGGGGAACCCCGACAUGGAACACGGGAGCAGAGUGGCCCAGUCGGUCAGGGAGGAGCGGGGAGACUCGCUCAGCUACUGGGAGCUCUUCGCUGCCCCCGAGGAGACCGGUCCACGGGGACGGUUUGUGGUCUUGGGUGUGGGCCCCUGUGCGGCGGCUGCAGCGUCCCCGCCAGCCUGGCCUUCUGCUCUGGGUGCCACCCUCGUGUCCCUGCCUCCUGUGUUUCUGUGGCCCGGUGUCCGGCUGUCCUCGGCCAGGCCAGGCUCCCUGUGCGUCCCCUCUGCUGCCUCCCGAGUUGUCUGCAGUUCCACGGAGGAACUUGGGCCCGGGGCUGCCGGGGCUGCCGGGGCUGCUGGCCGGAGCCGCCUCCAACUGUGAGGCCGGCGGCCAUCCGCGCCCCCCUCGUUUCUGUGUUUGUUUUCACCGUCCUUCACCGCGCUCACCACAGCUGGGACCAGUGCCCGGGCCAGCGUAGAAACCUGUGGGCCCGGGAAGGAAGGCCUCGUGGGGCGAGGGCGUGAAGGGGCAGCUGUGCAGGCCGCCCGUGUGCACGGGAGCCAGCGUCCACACCUGCUGGGGAGCAAGCCGGGAAUGCUCGCACGUGUGUCUGCACGCAGAUGCCCGCUUCUCUGCGGAGUUCAGGGCGUUGGCCCGUGGCUGCUGCAGCUGCUCUGGGGACCCAGCAGGGACAUCCUCAAAACGCAGGCAGGGCGUGGGUCUCGGGGCCAGCAUGCGGCCCCUGGGCUUGUGUGCACUGGCUCCGCCUCCACGCGUCCCCCUGGGGCCCCAGAUCUGCCUGCGUAAGCACCUUCAGAAAAAAUGUUUAUUAAAGUGUCAAAUUAAUGUUUCUGUAACAGCUCAAAGCAGGGCCCAGGAUCCAGGUGGACAGAGCCCCAGCCGCCCGGCACCUGCCUUGGGGACCGCUGUGGCUCAGGCCCAGUUCCAGCCUCACACGGGGGCUGCCAGUGAAUGGCCAAGGGUGUGGAUGGUGCCGGGACCCUCUGCCUCCAGAGUGCAGGCCUGGGCAUCCCCGCUCUGUGACAGUGUGCCCUCCGUGUCCCCAGAGGGCUGCUGUGCUGGUGCCUGGACACCCAGUCUGAUGUACGGAGGGGGUGAAUAAAGCUUUGUCUUGGUGACCGUG